AAGAAAUACCACGAAAUUGUUUAUUGUCAAAUUGUAAAAGUUGAAAGCGAGAAAUAUCCAAACAGGGAAGUAUUCAAAGAUGAUAUACAUAACAACGCAACAGGACCGUACAUCAUUUUACACAGAAGGCGCACAUUUUGAAUGAUACAGUGUACAAUUUUAAUGGUAUACCCUAUUUUAACAAUUGUUUUUCUGUUUCUUCACUUUUUUUGUCUGAAGAAUUAUCUUGUUCAAGACUAUCUUAUUAGCAAAUUCAAUGAUGCAGCCUUCUGUUACUAAGAAAAAGGGCACCUUAUCUUCUAGCACCGAUAGCAAAAGCUUUACAAUUGAAACAGCUUCAUCUCGACUGCCAGCACCGUUGGAAAGGCUGAGUGCCGUUUAUGAAGAAAAAACAAUUGUCAAUGAAUUACAAGAGUUGCUCAAUAUUGAUGACGAGGACAUUUUCGACGAUAUCGAGCAACAGUCAGAUGAAAGUGAUGAUGAGGUUGUGCAAAAUCAAAUGCCUUCCAUUCGAGCGAGCUCAAAAAGCCUACAAAGAGGAAAUUCUAAAAUUCCUGAUCGCAGCUCUUCAAAAUCUAUCCCUGCAGAGGUGAGCAAAGUUCUCGAGGAUUCGCUUAAACAAAAGAGAAUGUCAGCACAGCAGUUAUUCGAAAUAUUCAAAAACUUGAGGCUAGAGGAAGAUGAAAAUAUCGAUAGCCGCUCGGAUAGUUCGGACGAUAGCAUGUACAACGACCCCGAUUAUGAUAUAGAAGAAAUAGAUAAUGAGCUAGACGAGUAUGGAGGGGUCUAUAAUUCAAAGUUGGAGAUGCCGUCGUCGACAAUCCGUACAAAACAAGCACUUGAUAUUUAUUACAGCGAAUAUGUCAGCACUCACAGAGAAAUAACACCCGUUGAGGAAGUAGACGAAGAAUGGAAGGAAGAGGAGGAAGAGGAGGAGGAGGACAACCCUCAACAGAAUGUACAAAAAGACAAGGAUAAUGAUAUGAAGGAAAUAGCAGAAACUGAAGAGAUGAAUACCUCAAAACCCCUUACAACAAAACAGGCUUCACAAGAAUUACAAUUUAAUGCUUUUCAAGAAAAGCUUACAGUCGAUGAAGAUGGUGUACCAAAUUAUAUUUUGAUGCCAACAGAUCAGAAUGAGGCUACAACAUCACGACGCGCUUCGCUUGUCUCCAUGACUGCACCCAGCCUAGUGAGUGAGGAUAGCCAUACUUCCGCUAACAAUUCCUUACAGUCCUUCAAAUCACCUACUUUAUUGCCAGUUCAAAACUCUCCUGAAAACAUUCCAUCAUCCGAUUUGAAUACGAAAGAAAGUCAUUACACAGAUUCUACAGCGCAACAAAGCAUGGAUGAGAAGCGUUACGAUACUGUUAACGAUAUUAGCUCACUUUAUGCAACAGCUCCGGAUGAAUUCAUCAAUGAUAAAGAGCAACAAGCCAGACUUCAAACACAAGGAGCUUUUUUGAAAGGCCAAGCAUCUAAAACAAGAGGAGCAUCUCUUUACUCUGAUGUUCAGAGACUUUCACAGUUGAGAAAAGCGCUUUCAACAUCAACACUACGCCAAGUUGAAACGCCCAUUAACAGCUCGAAAGUGCCGUCUCAUUUAGAAAAGCCUCUACCGCAGCCAACCAUUGAUAAUAAUCCCUAUAAAAAUAUGUAUCUGCGAAGAACACCAGUGACAUCUUUGAGCUUAAUUCAUGAUAAAAACUCACUGAAAGUUUAUCGUCGCAUGGCAACGAAAACAAAUGAUAGGAAUAUUCAGUAUACGUAUACUAAGUAUUUAAUGCAAUUGGUGUCGUUUUAUGCUGGUUGCAAUCAGCGAGAUAUUGCACUUACUCAAACAAGAAACCGCCUUCAAGAAGAAGCAGAGUACUGGAUCGAUCGAUUAGCCAAGUCAAACUAUGGUGCAGCAUUAUAUACGAAGGGUCAAUGGCAUCGUCACUGUGGAGACGUGAAAGCACGAGGCAUCUUUGUUGGUACACAAUACAAAAAAGCAAAUCAUGAGAAAGCUUUCAAAUGCUUCCAAUUGGCUGCUAAGUACGGUUCAAUCGAAGCAUAUUACGAGCUAGCAGAAUGCUGGAUGGUGCGUAAAGACUACAAAAAAACACUUGCUUGUUAUAAAUAUGCUGCUUCGAAAAAUCAUGUGUUAUCCCUUUACAAAUUAGCUAACAUUCAUCUUCGUGGUUUACUCAAGCAGCAGAAGGCCAUUCGUAAGGGAUUAAUCUAUUUGCGACAAGCUGCUGAUGCAAACCAGCCAGAUUGUGCUCGCCCAGCCUAUGACUUUGCUUGUAUUCUUCUGAAUGAUCUGAAAGCGAUUGAUUUAGAAAGCGAGCCAUCUAUUACAUCUUAUUAUAUAGCACCUGAUGUUCACCAAGCUGCUUAUUACCUGCAAAAGGCGGAUAAGUUUGGUUUGGUAUCUGCGACUUUUCGUCUAGGGCAACUAUUAAUGAAGAGUAAUCAAAAGUUCGCGCCGAAUGAAGCGGAGGCUUUCAAAUGCUUUGCUAAAGCUGCAAAUCGGGGUCACGAGGAUUCUAUGAUUAAAUUAUCUCAAUUCUAUAAAAGUGGUAUACCUGGCCUUAUUAGACCACAUUUAAUACUGGCCUUUCAGUGGUGCCAAAAAGCAGCAGAAAAUGGCAACGAAGAAGCAGAGUAUAUACUCGGGUAUGAAAUAAAAUUACUGAAAGUAUAUAACCGGUAUAGUACUUAAAAAAAAGAAUAUAAAUGUAGGACGUAUUAUGAAGACGGAACUGGUGUACACCCAGAUGAGACUCUCGCGAAGGAAUGGUUCAGUAAAUCAGCCGUUAAAGGUUACGCUCCUGCAUUGAAAAGGCUCUAUCCUACUAUGCAAGACAAUUGCGAAGAGAUAUCUGAAGAUAGUAGUACCCACAAAAAGUACUAUCAUGAAGAAAAUUACAGAUCCUCCUUAUUAAAAUCCCGGAAAACGCGAGCGUCAGAUCCAAACUGUCGAGUCAUGUAAAAAUCCAUCUGCGUCUUUCAUUAUCAUACACAACGCCAAUCGCUUUCUUCUAUAACCUAUAAUUUGUCAGUCCACUAUUUACGUCUUUUAUAUUAUUUAUUGCCAUCUCAAUAUCAUUUUAAUAAAUCUUAAACCAGCCUUUAAGAGCCG